AUGAUGGAGCCAAUUGAGAUGGUCGCCAUCACGCCGGAGCAGGAGGACCGGUUGGUGGUGGCCGUCCGCAAGGUCAACACAACAACACGCAACAUCGGCCGCCACAAACAAAAGAAGAGGGAGGCUUUCUCUCGCCUCUCCUCGCCGGCCGGCCGGAGCCCCAAACGAACCAAGAAACCCUCUCACGCCCUCCUCCACCGCGCAGCGCCCACCUCCAAGCGGCACAGCGCCGGCGACCGAUGGACCAGUUCCACGACGGGCAGCACGUGCGGCUGCGGAACCGCCGGCGCGGCCGACGGGGUGAGAGUCACCCUCAGCCAGCGCCGCGCGUCGCUGAACGUGGCGUGGACGGUGCACUUGUACCACAGCGCCGACGGCGACGGCCCGUACCUGCUCCUCCACAGCGCCGCCUACGGCCGCUACCUCGCCGCCACGGACAUGCCGCUGCCGGGCGGGCACGGCCGCUUCCGCGUCGAGCAGCGCAGGUACGACCAGCCGGAGCUGAGGCCCAUCAUGUGGCAGGCCAUCGGGGGCGCGGGCGGGGACGUCGUGCUCCGCAACGUCGGUGGCCUCCACCUCAGCGUCCGCGUCCGCGGCGUCCGCACCAUGUUCUACUGGACCGUGGAGCCCAUCCCAGCCAGAGAGGCCGCGCCUCGCCUUCCACCGCCGCUUUCGUUCGGGCAGGAGGAGCCGAGGGCGGAGCGGCGGAUCCGGGUGGUGCAGGCGACCGCCGAGGGGCUCUACGCCGACGAAGGCUGGUCCCAUUUCCAGUUCUUCGGGAGGUGCGUGAACCACCUGAGGAACGCUCUGGCCAGGCACCUCAACCUGCCGCGGAGCCCCGCCUUCGUCAUGUGCGUCCGAGCGGGCCGCCACGGGAGGCUCACCCCGCUCGUCGUCGACCUGCCCCACGGCGGCUCCGGCGAGACCCUCGAGGUCGUCGUCAUCCUGUCCGGGACCCCCGGUGUGAGCCUCUCUCCAUGUCAUACUGAAUUUGGUAUGCACGAUGUGCAGAUCUGAUCGUAAAAGAUGGUCUGAACUCUGAAGCUAGUAGAAAGAAACUACUGUUUCCACAUUUCUUUUCUUGAUCCAGAUAUAAUUCAGUUCGUCCGUUUGGUAACAUUUUGUGGCUAGUAAAAAAUAUGGAACCUAAAAAGCCAAACAAAGUCCAGUGCCAGUCAUCUCAGUUCAUCUUUGCAGAUAAUAUACUGAGUUUCUUCUAGCCACUGAACAA